AUGCAUGGAAUACUGGAGAGCCAGAGGAGCAAGCAGGAUGUGCCGGAGAGAGACGAUGGAACUCCAAGUAGCGGGGGACCAGGGAAGGAGGAUACACCCUUGUGUGGAGGGCUGGCUUCCUCAGCCGUUUCCUCCAGGACAACCUUGCUGCCACCACCCACUUCACCCUUGGGAGAAUCUUCUCCUCCCCAGCCCCCAACCCUGACGGGAAUGAAACCAACUUCCUCUCUGCUGCUCGUGAAGGCCUUUGUUGUGGCGAGUGGGAUCUUCAUCAUUUACUGGGGAUCAAACCCACACCCCUUGCAAUGCGAGCAUGAAGUUUUAGCCACCAGACCACCAAGGAAGUCCCCAGACGUUUCCUUUAAAGAUCUGUCAGGGGACUUGCCUGCAUUGGCUAGCAGAUGGCUAAUUCAUCUGCCCUCCAGUGAACUGUUGAAAAAUCUGAAAUGGUCUUGA